GAGUUCUCUUCACUUGCGUCACGUCACGGUUGUUCACGCGCGGGGCGCGCCUAUAAAUAAACAUCCUGACCGCGAGUCAAGCAGAAGUGACAACAAACGAGCAGAGAAGUGACCCCCCUGCGCUACUUUGUGACGCUCCCACGGGGUCGAAGACAUGGAGAGCGGGGAGAUUCACGGCUCGGACAAGAAGCGCAGAAGACGCUGCUUCAUUCUGGCUGUGGCCGCGGUGGCCCUUCUGCUGAUUGUCGUCGCUGUUGUGUUAGGGGUGACCCUAAGUCAGGGAAGAGAAGAGUUUAAAGACACGUUCCUGGAGAGAUGUCAGAAGUUCAAAGGGUAUAACUGUGAACACAUUUGGGAAUUGUUUCAGCAAGCCUACGUGAACCAAGAUCCUUGUGAAGUUCCCCCAAACGCCUACGAUGCCCUGAUUGCUGCAACUCCCUUGGAAUCUUCAUGCAACAGACUGUUGUUCUGGAGCAAAACAAGGGACGUGGUCCAAGACUUCGCAAGGAAGAACGACUGUUUUCAGGCUGUGGAGGAAACCCUGCUGGGAUCAGUCCUGAACAGCUUGACCUGGUGUGGAAAGAAGGGCAGCAAGGAAACGUUUACCACUGACUGCCCUGAAUGGCUAGACUGUGAGAACAAUCCUCCUCGCUCUUUCUGGAAAAGAGUCUCCGCUGCGUUUGGAGACGCUGCCUGUGGAAACGCCACCGCGAUGCUAAACGGUUCCAUCACAGUGCCAUUCGAUUCAAACAGUAUUUUUGGCAGCAUUGAGGUGAAGAGGUUUAAGUCUCCCAGGGUGAAAAACCUGAAUGUUGUUCUGGUCAUCGAGAAGAACUCUGUAACAAACUGCACAAAUCCAUCUUUACAAAACUUGGUGAUGGUGUUGGACAAAGGGAUCAGUUAUAACUGCUUGGAAGUGCCGAGGUCUCAAAUCAAGGAGUGUGGCUCCGACCCGGAGAAACCCUGUGGAGCCUGUUGGUGGCAAUGAAAGAACCAACAGAUGGAACUAUUUUAAGCCAGUCUUAACAAUCUUUUAAUAUUUGUCGGUCAGUAUAACACAAAUCAUGUUUUUUUAUUAUCAAGGGUGUAAUUAGGGAAUUAUUAUUAUUUUAUGUCCUGUAGUGUUAAAUAAAAAUGCUGCUAUAUGUGUUCAAGUAAGGAGCAGUUCAUAGAUGCAUCCAACUCGCGUAUGUUGGAAAAAAACUGAUUUAUUGUAAAAUAAAGGUCAUACGUGUCAGUAAAAGUGAAAUUUGUUCAUUUUCUUGGGGUUUUUGUCAUGGUUCAUGACUUUUGAAAUGUCACUAGAUGUUUUUGUUUGUUUGUUGAUGAUAAGAAGGGCUGGUUCGGUUCGGAAGAUACUUGAAUAAUCUGAAUUAAAUCAGAAAUUGAUUUCCCUUUGGGGUUUGGAGUAUUUCUGACUUGAAUUGUUUUUGUUAUUCAAUUUGGGAGAUUUGUUCUUUAUCCUUUCACAGCCACCAGAGGUCCUUGUUUGGCUUGUUUUUGGGUGUGGCUCAUGUCAUUGCCUGAAUGUAUUGGGUUUUCUUCUUUCAAGAUAGAUUUAGGACUUUAUUUUGGAUUAUUCUUUAUGCUAAGCAUUUAAUUUGUCAGGUUUUUAGUACAUCUGAAUUGCUCUGAUGCAUGAGCAUCAAAAUAAAGUAGUAAAAACUACAAAAAUUAUAUAUUAACAUUUAUGAAAGAUUAUGUUAAAAUGCGACAUGUUUUGUUAGCAGGUAACAAAUGUGCAAGCCUUGCAUUAUCAUCCUGUUGCAGAAUUUCUAAGUGAACAUUUUAUAAAAAAUUUAUUAUUUUGACUUUCUCCCAACUUUUUCAAUUUUUUAAUGUUUCUUCUCUACCGGAAAACAAAUCAUUUAAAGGUGAAAUAAAAUUUUAGAAAACAUCAACAAACAGGUUACAUCAGUGUGAAUACUUUCAUAAUAAUUUAAAUAAUUUGCGAGCACAUCUUUUUAUUUCUGUCUUAUCUUCCAGGCUUUCUAAGACGUCCAUCACUGUGCUCUCAUGAAGUCAAUAUGUUUUAUUGGGAUAUGUUUGUGGACUCUCAGUGAUGCAGAAAAAUAAAAUCUAUCUUCAGCUUUGAA